GGAUCAACAAGACUAAAGAUGAUGAUAAGUCCAAAGUGAGGAAACCCCUAAACCUUCUUUGGCUUCUCUGAUCAAUCAAACCACACACCACACACAGAGAAGCUGUUCAACCUUCCAAAACCUACACUUUCAAAUUCUUGAUACAAAUAUUUCCGCCACCGAAGCACCAAUAUUUCAUCCCCAGUCAUCAUUUCAGGCACACCCAGAACCCAGUUAGUCCCAAAAACCUUCGAAUUCCAAUCAGAAACUCAAUCAGGUCACAGGUCACUCGUCCUUCACGGAAAAGACAUGAAUUUCAGGAGCUUAGAUGAGUUCUGGGCGUUCUACAUGAGCCAACACUCGAAACCAUCGACAAGGCGUCUGCACUUUGUGGGCACCCUUGUUAGUAUCAUCUUCUUCAUAUUCUCGGCUCUCUUCAAUUGGUGGCUUCUGAUCUUUGUGCCUCUUUCUGGGUAUGGAUUCGCUUGGUACAGCCAUUUCUUUGUCGAAGGGAAUAUUCCGGCGACGUUUGGGCAUCCCUUUUGGUCUCUGUUAUGUGAUUACUAGAUGUUUGGAUUGAUGCUCACUGGGAAUAUGGACAGAGAGAUCAAGAGGCUUGGAAAGAGGCCUGUGUUCUGAUUUGCUUAGAGCUCUAGUAUAAGGCUUUGCUGUAUUCAGUUUCUUCUGGUUCUGUAACCUUUAUUCGUCUGAUUUGAGUAACACUCAUGUUUCUUUUGCUCUGUAUUUGACCAUUUGUUCAUUGCAUCAUCGAGUACAAAUUGAACAGGGAAUUCUGAAACUGGUUUCU